CCCAGUUGGGCAACUCCGCGUGGGUACGAUGGGUGUGUUGCGAGAAGGCUUCCGGUGGUGACCACGACCGAUCCGUGCCGUCGCUGCUGCUGGCUGCAGCAGCAGGUGAUUCGCCGAGGCCAUGCGACGAAACGUAGCUACAUUAGAGCGAGGAUGAGGUCGGUUGCUCGACACAAGCAGGUGCAGCCCGGCGCUCCGGUAGAAGCGAGACAACGGCUGUCAGCGGCUGGCCGUUGACAGCGUCUCGGCCAUGCGGCUGGUGCGGACGCCUUGCGGCCGCCGGUUACGGCGUUGUCCGGCGUUGGUGGCCGCAGCACUGACCUCCGUGGCGCUACUGCUGGUGGCGACAAGGCAUGGCACCCUCUGGACUGGUGAGCACGACGACCAGGACCCGGACGUGCGUCAGUGGAUUCGCAGAGACUCGCGACAAAAGGAGUACAUCAACCGCAGAGGCAUACACGUCAUCGUAGGACACUACAUGGGCAAGGGCCUGCCGUGGGAAGCUACGCCUAACCUUACCGACGAGAUACUCAACGCCAACGACUUCGCACCGGAGAAGAACGCCGGCGCCGAUGGCCAGGCCGUGAUGGUGUUGCCCCACGAGCAGGCUCGCAGCAAGCUUCUCUUUCACGUGAACAAGUUCAAUCUUCUAGUCAGCGACAGGAUUCCACUGAACAGGUCUCUUGCGGACGCCAGGAAAGGGAGCUGCAAGAAACUGGGGUACAACGUGAGCGCACUUCCUGACACAUCCAUCAUCAUCGUAUUCCACAAUGAGGCCUGGUCGACCUUGCUUCGGACGGUGCACUCGGUCAUCGACCGAUCUCCGCGGAGAUUGCUGCGAGAGAUACUGCUUGUCGACGACGCCAGCGAGAGAACAUUCCUGAAGGAGCCCCUGGACAGGCACGUGUCGCGACUGCCGGUGCCGACGCGCGUGCUGCGCUCCACCAACCGGACGGGCCUGAUCAGGGCUCGCCUGCUGGGAGCGGCUCACGCCAAGGGCCAGGUGCUCACGUUCCUCGACGCCCACUGCGAGUGCACCAAGGGCUGGCUCGAACCGCUGCUCGCAAGGAUCGCCGAGGACAGGACACGAGUGGUGUGCCCCGUGAUCGACAUCAUCAACGACGAGACGUUCGCGUACGUGCGUAGCUUCGAGAUGCACUGGGGAGCGUUCAACUGGGAGAUGCACUUCCGCUGGUUCCCCGUCGGACAGAGGGAGCUCAAGCGAAGAAAAGGGAACUCGACGAUGCCUUUCAGGACGCCCGUGAUGGCGGGUGGCCUGUUCUCCAUCGAGAGGGACUACUUCUACGAGAUGGGCUCGUACGACGACCAGAUGGACAUCUGGGGAGGAGAAAACAUGGAAAUAUCCUUCAGGAUCUGGCAGUGCGGAGGCUCCGUGGAGGUGGUGCCGUGCUCACACGUGGGUCACGUGUUCCGGCGCACGUCGCCCUACACGUUCCCCAAACCGGGCGGCGUCGGUAAGGUGCUGUUCGCCAACCUCGCCAGAGUGGCGGCCGUCUGGAUGGACGAGUGGGCAAACUUCUACUUCAACAUAAACCGUGAGAUGAAGAAAAGUUACACACCACAAGAUGUGGCGGAGCGCAGGAAGCUGCGAGAAAAGCUACAAUGCAAGAGCUUCCAAUGGUACCUCGAGAAUAUAUGGCCGGAAAACUUCCUGCCCGCUGACAACAGAUUCUUCGGAAAGGUGAGAAACAAAAAGACCGGAAAGUGCUUCGUGCGGCCGAGCUCCAAGAGCUAUCACCAGCCAGUUGGGAAGGUCGAGCUUGAAGAAUGUUCACUUACGCACUACCCUAUGCAGUACUUCGUGCUCACCGAAGAAGGCUUCCUGAUGACGGACGAAGCCAUCUGCCUGGAUUCGCCGGAGUCCCAAGCCGACACCAACGUGGUCAUGAUCGCCUGCAACAACCUGGCCAGGCAGAAGUGGCGCUACGAUCCAAAGACUAAAGAAAUCGUGCACAAGACGACCAAGCUCUGCCUCGACCUGCCCGGUAAACGCGGACCGCAGGGCGUUCGUGUGCGGGACUGCAACGGAGGGCGAAGCCAGAAGUGGAUCAUGGAGUCCGUCGAUUGGAAGACACUCACCUAAGCGGCGUC